UCAGGCACGAUCGAAACAGACCUUGAUUACUUAUUCAGAAUUUACGAAUACUGGUGUGCUUUCAGACGCAGUUACUCUGGACUUGCCCUACCAUGGCAAAAGAUAUACUCGUUGCAUUGAACGGUGUCGCACAGGAUGUCGCUGGAGCGAUGAACGACACCCUGGUCGCUGGCUUGUGGCGAGGUCGCUUCAUCGAAGACAUGUGCUGGGCACGAAAGCCGAUCCCAAUCAGUUCAUACUCAGCCGAAAAAGCCCUGAGGUCUACUGUUUGGCGUGCACCAACCUGGAGUUGGGCGAGUAUCAGCCAUCCUGUAGAGCGCUGGGUAUCGUGGUCUGGUAUCAAUAGAAAGUCAAAACCAGCUUACGACAUGGCUGCGAUCGAGACUUUACUUGUAGACCAAAGGCCUUCUGGAGAGCUCGUUCACGCUUCCAUGACAUUGAGAUGUCGCCCAAUAUUGAUAUUUCCGCCAGAGUCGGCUGUUUUAACGUGGGAGCCAUACGAUAAUACUAUGAUCCUUGACGAUACUACGAAAUGGGACCUAGAUGACUUAGGUUGCGAAGUCAGUCUAGUCGUCCUUCGCCAUUGCUGCUACGGAUCAGUGGGAGAAGGAUAUGUACAGGCCAUCUUGAUUACACCAAGCCGGACUCAAAGUGGGAGCUACGAACGCGUCGGUUCUUUUGCCAUCGAUGCAGACUCUAGAAUGCUCAUCUAUACAGAUUUCGAUAAGAAGACGCCUAUACUGCGCAGUAUUCUUGACGGAUACCAUAAAACACAAGAAACAAUGAUCGAACUCGUAUGACGCGGGGACGCUUUGGCAAAUUUAAACUAUUUGGACACGUAGCGGAGCUUGAAUGACCAUGACAAUAUCCUUUUGCUUGACUUCUGAUGUCGUGAGCUCCAAUUCAAGGAUUUCUCGAGCUGCUACGAAUCCGAUACUGCUCUUUGUACGGCUUGCCGAGGCUCAUAUUGAUUCAAUCAGAUUGGAUACCAU